CAAGAUCUCCCCCUCAGCACUCAGAAGCAAGCGAAGAAGGGAUCCACCUCUGGGACACUGGACCGUAUAAAAAGGGAGGCUAAAAACUUGACAGAGUCAGUAGGAAGUUUCUGCUGGGGUCUGGAGUGGAACUACAUAAACCAGACCAUCCCUGUAUGACUGGACACUAAGGCAGAACCAAGGAUACAAAGAGUCUUCAUGUCUAAUAUUUAGACAUGUUCAGCUUUGUGGAUUCCCGGUUACUGCUCUUGAUAGCAGCAACUGUUCUACUCACCAAAGGUCAAGGCGGAGAAGACCUGCCAUCUGGAAGAUGCAUACAGAACGGAAUAACGUACAGUGACCGAGAUGUUUGGAAACCAAAUGCCUGCCAGAUCUGCGUGUGCGACAGCGGCAGUAUCCAUUGCGAAGAAGUGAUCUGCGAAAACACAGACGACUGCCCAAAUCCCGAGCAACGCGAUGGAGAAUGCUGCCUUGUUUGCCCUGAAACCAGCGAACCUCUCCCAGAAGCCACUGGAGUAGAGGGUCCUCAGGGGGAACGAGGCCCUAAAGGAGACAGGGGGCUUCCUGGUCCCCCAGGCAGAGACGGCAUUCCUGGCCAACCCGGACUCCCUGGACCUCCAGGCCCCCCAGGCCCCCCAGGCCUCGGCGGAAACUUGGCUCCUCAGAUGGGUUACGGUUAUGAUGAAAAAUCUGGUGGCCUUGCUCUUCCUGGCCCAAUGGGUCCAGCUGGUCCCCGUGGUCUUCCUGGUCCUCCUGGCGCUCCCGGUCCCCAAGGUUUCCAAGGUCCCCCUGGUGAACCUGGAGAGCCUGGUGCUGCUGGUCCAAUGGGUCCCCGUGGUCCAGCUGGCCCACCUGGAAAGAAUGGAGAUGAUGGUGAAGCUGGAAAACCUGGCCGUCCUGGCGAGCGUGGUGCCCAAGGUCCACAGGGUGCCCGUGGUCUUCCCGGAACAGCUGGCCUUCCAGGCAUGAAGGGACACAGAGGUUUCAGCGGUCUUGAUGGUGCUAAAGGUGAUGCUGGUCCAGCUGGCCCCAAGGGCGAGCCUGGUAGCCCUGGUGAGAAUGGUGCUCCUGGACAAGUUGGCCCACGUGGUCUUCCCGGUGAGAGAGGCCGCCCUGGACCUUCUGGCCCUGCUGGUGCUCGUGGUAAUGAUGGUUCCCCCGGUGCUGCUGGCCCCCCAGGCCCCACUGGUCCAGCUGGUCCCCCUGGCUUCCCUGGUGCCGCUGGCCCUAAGGGUGAAACCGGUCCCCAAGGUGCUCGUGGUAGUGAAGGCCCACAAGGUGCUCGUGGUGAACCUGGUCCCGCUGGUCCCGCUGGCGCUGCUGGUCCUUCUGGCAACCCCGGUUCUGAUGGUCAACCUGGUGCCAAAGGUGCAACUGGUGCUCCUGGAGCUUCUGGCGCCCCCGGCUUCCCCGGUCCUCGUGGCCCAGCUGGACCUCAGGGUCCCAGCGGCGCUCCUGGUCCCAAGGGUAACAGCGGUGAACCCGGCGCUCCCGGAAACAAAGGAGAUACUGGCUCUAAAGGCGAACCCGGCCCCGCUGGUGUCCAAGGCCCCCCUGGUCCACCUGGUGAGGAAGGCAAGAGAGGAUCUCGUGGUGAGCCUGGACCCGCUGGCUUGCCUGGACCUGCUGGUGAACGUGGUGCUCCCGGAAGCCGUGGUUUCCCCGGAUCUGAUGGCAUUGCUGGUCCCAAGGGCCCACCUGGCGAGCGUGGCUCUCCCGGCCCUGCUGGCCCCAAAGGAAAUACUGGCGAAUCUGGACGCCCUGGUGAGCCUGGUCUCCCUGGAGCCAAGGGUCUGACUGGUAGCCCUGGAAGUCCUGGCCCCGAUGGCAAGACUGGACCCACUGGCCCCGCUGGUCAAGAUGGCCGCCCCGGACCUGCAGGUCCACCUGGUGCAAGAGGUCAAGCUGGUGUCAUGGGAUUCCCUGGACCUAAAGGCGCUGCUGGCGAACCUGGCAAACCUGGCGAGAGAGGUGCUCCUGGACCUACUGGUGCUGUUGGUGCUCCUGGUAAAGAUGGUGAAACUGGUGCCCAGGGACCCCCUGGCCCAAGUGGCCCUGCUGGAGAAAGAGGCGAACAAGGUCCCGGUGGAGCUCCCGGAUUCCAGGGUCUUCCCGGUCCUGCAGGUGCCCCUGGUGAAUCUGGAAAGCCUGGUGAACAGGGUGUCCCUGGUGACGUUGGUCCUCCUGGUCCCUCUGGUGCAAGAGGCGAGAGAGGUUUCCCCGGUGAACGUGGUGUCCAAGGCCCUCCAGGUCCUCAGGGUGCCCGUGGUUCUAAUGGUGCUCCUGGUAACGAUGGUGCUAAGGGUGAUGCUGGUGCUCCUGGUGCCCCUGGAAACCAAGGUCCUGCUGGCCUUCAGGGUAUGCCUGGCGAACGUGGUGCUGCUGGUCUGCCUGGUGCCAAGGGAGACAGAGGUGACACUGGUCCCAAAGGUGCUGAUGGUGCUCCUGGCAAGGAUGGACUUAGAGGAUUGACCGGACCUAUUGGCCCACCUGGACCUUCUGGUGCUCCUGGUGACAAGGGUGAAGCUGGUCCUGCUGGUCCUGCUGGUCCCACUGGUGCUCGUGGUGCUCCCGGAGAUCGUGGUGAGCCUGGCCCUGCCGGACCCGCUGGAUUUGCCGGCCCCCCUGGUACUGAUGGACAACCUGGUGCUAAAGGUGAACAAGGUGAUGCUGGUGCUAAAGGCGAUGCUGGUCCUCCCGGACCUGCUGGUGCCACUGGACCUCCCGGACCCGCUGGUGCUGUUGGUGCUCCUGGACCCAAAGGUGCUCGUGGAAGUGCAGGACCCCCUGGUGCUACUGGAUUCCCCGGAGCUGCUGGAAGAGUCGGACCCCCUGGCCCAUCUGGUAACACCGGCCUUCCCGGCCCCCCAGGCCCUGGUGGAAAGGAAGGUGCCAAAGGACCCCGUGGUGAGACUGGACCUGCUGGACGCCCUGGUGAAGCUGGACCUGCUGGCCCACCCGGACCUCCCGGCGAGAAGGGCUCUCCUGGUUCCGAUGGACCUGCUGGCGCACCUGGUACUCCUGGCCCACAAGGUAUUGCUGGGCAGCGUGGUGUGGUUGGUCUUCCUGGACAAAGAGGCGAGAGAGGUUUCCCUGGUCUUCCCGGGCCAUCUGGCGAGCCUGGCAAACAAGGCCCAUCUGGUCCUUCUGGUGAACGCGGUCCUCCCGGCCCAAUGGGACCACCUGGCUUGGCCGGACCCCCUGGUGAAUCUGGACGUGAGGGCUCUCCUGGUGCAGAAGGUGCUCCCGGUCGCGAUGGUGCUGCUGGUCCCAAGGGUGAUCGUGGUGAGACCGGCCCAGCUGGUGCCCCUGGCGCUCCCGGUGCCCCCGGUGCCCCUGGCCCAGUUGGCCCUGCUGGCAAGAAUGGCGACCGUGGUGAGACUGGUCCCGCUGGCCCUGCUGGCCCCGCUGGCCCUGCUGGUGCUCGUGGUCCUGCAGGCCCACAAGGUGCUCGUGGUGACAAGGGUGAGACUGGCGAACAAGGUGACAGAGGAAUGAAGGGUCACAGAGGAUUCUCUGGUCUCCAGGGUCCUCCUGGCCCCCCUGGCUCUCCUGGUGAACAAGGUCCCUCUGGUGCUUCUGGUCCUGCUGGUCCAAGAGGUCCCCCUGGCUCUUCUGGUGCCGCUGGCAAAGACGGUCUGAAUGGUCUUCCCGGCCCCAUUGGCCCACCUGGUCCCCGUGGUCGCACUGGUGAUGUUGGUCCUGCUGGUCCUCCCGGACCUCCUGGACCACCUGGUCCCCCAGGCCCACCCAGCGGCGGCUUUGACUUCAGCUUCCUGCCCCAGCCUCCUCAGGAGAAAGCUCACGAUGGUGGUCGCUACUACAGAGCUGACGAUGCAAACGUGAUGCGCGACCGUGACCUGGAAGUCGACACUACCCUCAAGAGCCUGUCCAUGCAGAUUGAGAACAUCCGCAGCCCUGACGGAACCCGUAAGAACCCAGCCCGCACUUGCCGCGACCUGAAGAUGUGCCACGGAGACUGGAAGAGUGGCGAGUACUGGAUUGACCCCAACCAAGGCUGCAAUCUGGAUGCCAUCAAGGUCUACUGUAACAUGGAGACUGGAGAGACUUGUGUCCAAGCUUCUCAGCCCACCAUCCCCCAGAAGAACUGGUACAUCAGCAAGAACCCCAAGGAGAAGAAGCAUGUCUGGUUCGGCGAAAGCAUGUCCGAUGGCUUCCAGUUCGAAUAUGGUGGUGAGGGAUCCGACCCAGCUGACGUUUCCAUUCAACUGACCUUCCUGCGGUUGAUGUCCACUGAAGCUUCCCAGAACAUCACCUACCACUGCAAGAACAGCGUGGCUUACAUGAACGCAGAGACCGGCAACCUGCAGAACGCUCUGCUCCUCCAAGGCUCCAACGAGAUCGAGAUCAGAGCAGAGGGCAACAGCCGCUUCCUCUAUGGAGUCCCCAAGGAUGGUUGCACGCGUCACACUGGCAGUUGGGACAAGACAGUCAUCGAAUACAAGACAACAAAAACUUCCCGGUUGCCCAUCAUUGAUGUGGCUCCCAUGGACAUUGGUGGCAGAGACCAGGAAUUCGGCCUUGAGAUUGGACCAGUUUGCUUCUUGUAAACCCAAAAGGAAACCUGACAGUUUAAAAAAUAAAAUAAAAAACAGCCAAAAAAGAAGGAAAUUUCACAUGGACUUGAAUUUGUGUCUUUUUCUAUCCAUCAUCUCUAAAACUAUUUUUGUUUCCGUUAAAAAAAACACAAAAAAAGCAUUAAACCAAAAAAAUAAAAAUAAAUGACUUUUCAAAAAUAAUUAAGGAAGUGCAUCCACUUGCUUGACUUUAUUAUUAUUAUUAAAAUCCCCAAAGACAGAAUGGUUUGAUUUUAUCUUCUUCUUUAAAAAAAAAGAUCAAGUAAUAUUGUGGGACCAAUAUUUGUACAUUCCAAAAAUACAUAUAUAAAAACCAUACAAAAUGACAAAAUCAGUCGAAACCAAGCAACACCUAAAAUGCAUCUGUAUGAAAAUCUGGUGUGUGUUUUUUUCUUCCUGGCAGUAAUCAGAGCAAUACUAAACUUAGUGGUAGAACCUGCCCAUCACAAGCCCAUCAAAAAUAACCUCCCCUCCUCUCAGCCUAGAACUGUAAUAAUAAAUAAACCCCAAAAUCUACCUAUAGACCAUCUUUCUCUGCCGGUACCUGAUAGAAAGAGAUUUAUCUUUCUCUCUCUUUUUUAUUUUUACUCGGAGCAAAGCCACUGAAAAGAUGAUUCUUUCAGCCAUUUUAAAUGUACUUUUUUCAGUUUUGUUCAGUCGGCAACAGGGAUAAAUUUGGCGAAGUUAUCAUAAAAAAAGGUGUGGCACUGAGUGGUUUUUCGAAACAGAAACCUGUUUGAAGGAAAAGAACAGGUGAUAGUGCCUGUCCCUCUCACAGACAUCAGGUAGAGGGGGGGAAAGACAGGUUUAAGAGCUUUAAUUAUUUUGUCAGUGAGCAACUGAAGGGGAAAAAUGGCCAAUAAUACCAGAAAGCAGAGAAAAUGUAAUGUUUAAAUGUAUAUUAUUGUUGUAUGGAUGGCUACCUCACCAUUGUCUUUUUCAAGUUCUUUGGGGUAGUUUUGGGGUCUUUUUUUUAAUACUAGCAUCAGCUUGCAUGGGGGGGGGCGAAGAAACUGGGCAGAGUUUCAGGUUUAGAUAAAGGUGCUACCUGUGUCUUUCAUAUAUCUUUUUUUUUUUUUUAGUCUGCUAUGUUAAUAAUUUUCAGGUCCCAUGAACUUUUUAUUUUUUUGAGGUGACGAAACCUAGAAAAACCUCGCCCCGAGCACAGCUUUGCUGAAAGGGGGGCCAUUUGGUGCUAUAGAAAUGAGAUUAUUGGAGGGGGAAAGCAAACUGGAUGCCUUGCUGCCCAGAGAUACUUGUGAAUUUUUUCUUUCAAAAGGUGCUAUUUCUUUUUUAACAAGCAAAAAUAAUAAUUAAAAAAAUCGAGGAUGAGGAAAAAAAUAAAUCAAACAUUGCUACAAGGGAUCAAGGUCUCAGCAGUUUCUGUCUUUCUCUUGUAAAGCAGGUGGAUUCUCUUUUGGCUUGUAUUUUCUCCCCCAUUCCCUCAGUUCUUCUCCUCCAUCACCACCUCUCUCUCUUUUUCUCUCUUUCUUCCAUCUUUCGUCCCAUCCCACAAGCAAACACUUUUGCUCAUCGCCCUCCCUCGCUGCUGAUUCAUUUUUCCCUUUCUUAUCCAUCUCUUUUUCCUCAGCUCUGCCAACAUCACCCCUCAUCUCUCUUUUUCUCCCCCCCCCUUCCUCCACUUUCUGUCUUUCGUUGGGUUUCCAACUCAAGCAAAAAACCCCAUAAUUCCUCUCUUUCUCACAAGAGGCAGAUGUUGUAGGGAGUGUGAGCGGCCGAAGAUUCUGUACCUAUUUUGUAUAUGUAUAAUAAUUUGAGAUGUUUUUAAUUAUUUUGACUGCUGAAAUAAAGCAUGUGAAAUGAUCCAACA